UUCCAGUUGUAGGCUGCAUAAAUAAAUACAGGGUAAAAACUUUGGGGGAGCUUGGAGCGCUGCCAGCCUGCCUGGAUAACUGGGCUUUUUGUGGAGCUGGAAGGGUGGUGGUGUUUUUUUUUUUUCUUAAAGGGGGGGAAAAAAAAAAAAAAAAAAAAGCAGAGUUUCAGAAUCUUGGCUCAGCCUGGGCAUAUUUCCUCCUAGCUCUGGCUAAACCUCAGCACGAACUGCUGGACGGACAGACGGAGCAGUCUAUGCACAGCCUGGGAGGGAGCCUGCCGUGCUCUGCACCGGGACCAGAGCGGAGCGUGGGACCAUGCUGCUCAUCUGGGCACUGGCGUUUGCUGGAGUCCUGCAGGAACAGGAGCUCUUUGCUGCUGCAGACCCCACCAGUCUGUUACCUGGAAGUCAGGGAAGCCGGUGCCAUGAACGGGAUACAAUGCACGAACGCUUAGAUAUUAUUGAAGAGAAGGUAAUAAAAACUGUGGAGCAUCUAGAAUCAGAAGUCAAAUCACUGCUCAGUAUCAUCAGUGAGACAACAUCAGACCUCCCCGUUGCCACAGGAACCCCACUGAUAGACAUUUUUGAUGAUGCCACUGAGCACAGCAGAGACUGAAGAGAGCUGAAAGGAAUGAGAUGGCUGUUGUAAACAGUUGCAAUUGAUUUAAAAAGCUCCCUGGUGUUCCCAGAACUUGAGCAGAGAUGUACAAUCCCAAAAGUACUUUUCAUUCUGUGUUCUUGUGCUUUUCAAUAAAGAGCUAUUUGCUUCUAGAUAUCAUUUCAAA